AUGUCAGCAAACUUAACCAAGACAAUGAAUGGAACACAGUUCGUGUCGAGCUGCUUCAACACUGAAGCAAAAAUAAUCGCUGAAAUCUUUGCUUAUUGUUUGGUUUUUGUAGUUUCGCUGGUUGGAAACACCUUGAUCGGAAUUGUUGUUUGCAAGAAAAAAGCUCUGAGAAAGCCCAUUAAUUUUUUGAUUGUAAACAUGGCCAUGUCCGACCUGCUGUUCCCGAUUUUCCUGAUUCCUAACAACGUGAUAUGGUUACACACCAGCUCUUGGGUGUUCCGCGGUCUUCUUGGCAAGGCUUUGUGCAAACUUGUUCCCUUCUUCAUAGAAUCCUCCCUUGUUGUCUCUGUUCAAAGCUUGGUUCUGAUCGCAGUGGAUCGAUUUGGAGCUGUUUUUUAUCCUCUUCGGUACCCACUCAUCAGUUUAAAGCUGUGCCGGUUCCUUAUUCUCGCCACUUGGAUCAUCGCCAUGGCUGGCUGGUGCAUAAACUUGUUCACCUUUAACCUUGUCGAAUAUUCAGAAAGACUGGCGUGUGUGCGAAUCUGGAGUGAAGCAUUGGGAAAGUACUUUUCCUUUGAAACCUUCAUUGUGGUAAUGCAUGUUGUAUUCCGAUAUGUCCCUUUGAUUUUUAUAGCAAUAAUUUACGUUUCCAUUGCUAUAAAAAUCAAAUGCCAGAAGACGCCAGGCUUGCAAAUAGUCAAUUCAAGAGAACGCCGUUUGAAGAGAGAAAGGAGCGUUCUGAAGAUGUCCGUUGCCAUUGUGUCAGUGUUCGGAAUAUGCUGGUUGCCUCACACCAUCGGCUGGUUCCUUAUCACAUUUUCAUCGAAUACCACUAUGAUAUCGUCUUGUGGCUUUCUAUACUUUAGGUCUGUUGCCUAUUUCCUUGCUGUGGCAAACUGUGCUAUAAGUCCUUGCAUCUGUUUUACUUUCAGUGGGAAUUAUCGCGGGGAACUCAAGAACAUUCUUAGCUGCUUUUUCUGCUAA